CUUGUGAAAUGCAUUGGCGAAAUUAAAGGAAGUCAUGUUUUUAAAAAGAAAAAUGACGCAUGACGUUUGCUUAGUGCAAUUUAUAUAUUUUUUUUUGUAUAAUUUGAACACUAUUCACAAUAGGGGAUUUAUUCAAAAUUUUUACUGCAGAGUACUUAUCGAAGAACAAAGGUUAUGCUCGGCCGAAGAUUAUACUGAAGUUUAAAAAAUUAAGAGGAGAGAAAUGUGACAUGAAUCGGUGGUUUUUUUAUAUUUUGACAACUUUACCCCUAACUAAAAUCACAUGAAAAGGCUUGGUCCAACCAGCCAAAAGUCUCAAGAGAGAAAUGAAGUCAUCUCCUUCUCCCUCUUCUCUUCUCAGAAAAGCUCGUCUUUCUCCUUUUCUAUUGACUUUAUUAACCUUCAUCAUUUUUUUAAUUAUUAUUAUUCUUUACAGUGAAGUCUUCUCUUUCAAUUUUAGCCAACAUCAUCAAAAAUUCUCCAGCUCUAAUUACAAUUCCAUCUCAAGAAUCAAGAGGAAGAAGGAGAAAGUGGCAUUUUCUAUUGGAGAGAGCGAAGGAGGGUGUGAUGUGUUCAGCGGAAGGUGGAUUUGGGACAACAAAAGCCGGGCGUUAUACGAGUCAUGUCCUUACAUACAACCACAGUUAACAUGUCAACAACACGGUCGCCCAGACAAGGACUAUCUAUAUUGGAGAUGGCUACCUCAUUCUUGCUCUAUUCCAAGUUUCAAUGCAACGCUAAUGCUGGAAAGCCUUCGAGGAAAGAGGAUGUUAUUCGUUGGCGAUUCCUUGAACAGAGGACAAUUUGUUUCCAUGGUUUGCCUUCUCCAUCGACUCAUUCCCGAGAAUGCCAAAUCCAUGGAAACUUUUGGUUCCCUCACUGUUUUCACUGCUAAGGAUUACAAUGCAAGAAUUGAAUAUUACUGGGCACCAUUUCUGCUGGAAUCAAAUGCUGAUGAUGCAGUCAUACAUAGGAUUACUGAUAGAGUUGUCCGGAAAGGUUCAAUAAAUAAGCAUGGAGAAAAGUGGAAAGGAGCUGGCAUAAUUGUGUUCAACACUUACCUAUGGUGGAUGACCGGCAUGCCGUUCAAGAUUUUGCAGAAAGGGUCUUUCAAGGAUGAAGUGAAAGACAUAGUGGAAAUGUCCACAGAAGAUGCAUAUCGCAUGACUAUGAAGAGUAUGUUGAGAUGGGUGAAUAAGAAUAUGGAUUCAAAUAAAAGCAGAGUAUUUUUCACUAGCAUGUCACCUUCUCAUUACAAAAGCAUGGAUUGGGGAGGUGAAGCUGAUAGGAAUUGUUACAAUGAAACAAAGAUGAUAGAAGAUCCAAGUUACUGGGGAUCAGAUUGCAGCAAAAGCAUAAUGCGCGUGAUUGGCGAAGUGUUUAGUAAAUCAGAAGUGCCCAUAACGUUUCUCAACAUAACACAGCUAUCAAGUUAUAGGAAAGAUGCACACACAUCAAUUUACAAGAAGCAAUGGAAUCCAUUGACACCAGAACAACUAGCAAACCCUGUUAGCUACGCUGAUUGUACACAUUGGUGUUUGCCUGGCCUUCAAGAUACAUGGAAUGAACUUUUAUUCGCUAAGCUUUUUUAUCCAUGACAUUUGAAAAUGUAUUGAAUCCUUUAGCGUAACAUGGUUGUGGAGGAGGAUGAGAGCAAAAAAUAGUAGUAGAUCUAAACUACCUCUAUGCGUGUGUACGUGAGAGAAGAAAAAUUAGCACACAAAACCCACAAAUUUUAAAUUUUGAAUUGGCCAUGGAAAAAAACAGGCAUUUAGUUGAGGAGAGAAUUCACCUUGCUUAUUUUUUUGUCGAAAUGGAUUACGACACCAUUGUGCCUGUUCUCAUU